UCAGAGAUAUACCACUGCUCCACACUUCCUGUUUUUAAUUCUAUUAAUAUUUAAUUGAGAUACACUUUCAGAUAUCAACUAAUUACCAAAUUGUGUUCACACUCGCAAAGUGUGUCUGUUCAUAUCGUGUUUCCAUUUAUGGGACAUAAAGUUUAAGAGAUAUAUUCACUACCCAACACUUCCUGCUUUUCCUACUAUCAAAAUUUAAAUGGGAUGCUCUUUCAGUUGUCAACUAAUUAUCGAAUUGGGUUUAUACUCACUCCUGUGUGUCUGUUCAUACUUAUCUUCUAUUUAUAGCAUAUAAAGUUUAAGGUCAUGAAGAUAAUAAAUUUACUGUUAUUAAUCAUUGCAGUAAACAAUGCAAGUUCUGCUUGUACAGACAAACUAACACCAAUAAAAAUAACUACAAUGAAACUGGUAGGAGGUAAAUAUAUUCCAGCAGUUAAUACUAUUAACGUGAUUACAAUUACCUGCACAGUCGACACGAAACAAACAUUUUUGAAUUACGCAGUAAAAACUAGAGGAAAUUAUCCAUGGUAUUUGAAUUUGGAAAAGACUACUUUAACAACGGUGGUACCCCUUUAUUUUCAAAAGUUUCUUUCUGUGGUGAACUUAAAAAUGAACAACAUACAUUUGAAAACUAUUACUCCAGGCUGUUUCAACCAAAUGAAUAAAUUAACUGAACUAUAUAUCCAAGGAAAUGAAAUCACGGAGGUGACUGUUGGCGUAUUUAAUGCUCUCCCUGCAUUAAAAGUGUUAAAUCUCAGCAAUAACAAGAUUGUGAAAGUGCACGAACAAGCGUUUUCCGGACUAACAACUUUAGAAACAUUAUAUAUAGACAAUAACAAAAUAGUGACAUUUUCAGAAAAUAUUUUAAAAUCUCAACCUAAGUUAAAUGUACUGAGUGUUACAAAGAAUUCUCUUAAAACUUUAGGUCCUCUAAAAGUUAACAAUUUGUACGCUAACUCUAAUUCUUUAUUUGACAUUAAAGGCCUUUCAAGCACAACAAAAUUAGUAGUAACAAAAAAUUAUUUAGCAACAGUGAAAAAGGGUAUGUUUACAAUCACGUUGCUUUACAUAGACUUAAGUUUCAAUGUUAUCAAAACUAUUGAAACAGACGCAUUUUUUAAUCUUAAAGCACUUACUACUCUGAAAAUUAAUAAUAAUAAAAUUACUUCACUACCAUUGAAUUGUUUCAAAGAUUUAGAAAAUUUGGAAAUUUUAGACAUAUCUUUUAAUGGUUUGAGUGCGUUAGAAUAUGGAUAUUUCGAUAGCCUCAAAAAAUUAGUAAAAUUAAAUUUAAGUUACAAUAACCUUACAGAUCUUCAUCAAAGUACUCUUCACAGUUUGGUAAGUCUACAAGAAUUGAAUUUUAAAAAUAACCGAAUUUCAGAUUUCAGUAUUACCUCCAUGUUGACUUAUCACCCCAAACUAAAAAACCUUACUAUUGAAGGUAACACUUUCUUAUGUAAAAAACUGGUACAAAUAUUACUAUUUUUGCAAGCUAAAAACAUAUCUCUAAUACGUGGUACAAGCUUCUUAACAAAUAAUGUAAGAGGUAUUGCUUGUUUAAAAAAUGACACUGUUACCACAAUAUCAACAAUGAGUACAGUUAAACAAAUUACAAUUCCUGGCAGAGUUACAAACAUCACUACUAUUAAACCUCCAACCCUUUUAUUCAAUGAAACUGUCUUGUAUAAAUUUUUUAAUUCGGAGUUCAUAAAUACACAGUUUUAUAAGUAUUUACAAUCAUUUAAAUUUCCGUCUCUAAACGUUCAGUAUAAUGAAACUUCAAAAGCUUACAAUGGAUUACUCCCACAGACUUAUCCUAACUUUACAAUUCAAACGCACUCAAAUUUCGUAUCAUCUAAUGACAUAUUGUCAAUAUCUUUUAUGAGUAUCUUGGCAAUUUUAAUGUUACUUAUAAUAGUAAUUUUGGCAUACGGGGUAUGCCGUAAAAAUAACGGGUUAUUAAAAGACGAAAUUCAGUUGAUGUAGAUAAUUCCAGUGCUUUAUACUUACCUAAUUUGAAAAUAUUUAAUUAUUUAUCAGAAU